UUUGAAAUGUAUGUUGCCCUGUGGUUGAUGCCUGCUUUACAAAGGGUCGAAAAGCAAAACAUCAUCCCACGCUGGAGAUGCUCCUCUCCUGGUGUACCAGGAUUGGGUUGGAAAGAAAAGAAGGAAAGCCCAUUCGAAUCCCCUUUCAUUCUGGAUUGGUGGAUCUGAAGCGCAGAAACAAAGUUUCAGCAUUUGUUCUGUUGUAGCGAACGCAUACUUUGAUCUUCAGGAGCAGAGCGGGACUGCAUUGUUGAUCACGCUUCUGUGAAUUCAUUGCCCUAUGUAGAAGAACUGCGUGUGUUCUGUGCCAAGGUCUUUGUGGCUAGGCUGCUCCAACCUGGUAGAGAGCAUGUGCGCACUGAGAUGCCUGCAGAGCAUGCCCAGUGUCAGAUGUCUCCAGAACACGUCAGUGAUGGAGGAUCAGAAUGAAGAUGAGUCUCCAAAGAAAAAUACCCUAUGGCAGAUAAGUAAUGGAACUUCAUCUGUGAUUGUCUCAAGAAAAAGACCAUCAGAAGGAAACUACGAAAAGGAAAAAGACUUGUGUAUUAAAUAUUUUGACCAGUGGUCUGAAUCAGAUCAAGUUGAAUUUGUGGAACAUCUUAUUUCACGAAUGUGUCACUAUCAGCAUGGACAUAUUAACUCUUACUUGAAGCCCAUGUUACAACGGGACUUCAUCACUGCGUUACCAGAGCAAGGCUUAGAUCACAUAGCAGAAAACAUCCUUUCCUAUCUUGAUGCCAGAUCACUCUGUGCAGCAGAGCUGGUAUGUAAGGAGUGGCAGAGAGUCAUCUCUGAGGGAAUGCUAUGGAAAAAAUUGAUUGAAAGAAUGGUACGCACAGAUCCGCUGUGGAAGGGACUGUCAGAAAGAAGGUGUUGGGAUCAGUACCUGUUUAAAAACAGACCAACAGAUGGCCCCCCAAAUUCGUUUUACAGGUCCUUAUACCCAAAGAUAAUACAGGACAUAGAGACUAUAGAAUCUAACUGGCGAUGUGGGAGACAUAAUUUGCAAAGGAUCCAGUGCCGUUCUGAGAAUAGCAAAGGUGUCUACUGUUUACAGUAUGAUGAUGAAAAGAUAAUCAGUGGCCUACGAGAUAACUCCAUUAAGAUUUGGGACAAAACAAGCUUGGAAUGUUUGAAAGUAUUAACAGGACAUACUGGCUCAGUUCUCUGUCUGCAGUAUGAUGAAAGGGUCAUUGUAACUGGAUCUUCAGAUUCUACAGUGAGAGUUUGGGAUGUAAAUACAGGUGAAGUUCUGAACACGUUGAUUCAUCACAAUGAAGCAGUGCUUCAUUUGAGGUUCAGUAACGGCUUAAUGGUGACAUGCUCCAAAGACAGAUCUAUUGCUGUCUGGGAUAUGGCAUCACCUACUGACAUCACCCUGCGCCGUGUCUUGGUUGGCCAUCGUGCUGCUGUUAACGUGGUAGACUUUGAUGACAAGUAUAUUGUGUCAGCAUCAGGUGACAGGACCAUUAAAGUCUGGAGUACAAGUACGUGCGAGUUUGUUCGUACUCUCAAUGGGCACAAGCGUGGCAUUGCCUGCCUGCAGUACAGGGAUCGACUAGUUGUCAGUGGAUCUUCUGACAACACCAUUAGGCUAUGGGACAUUGAAUGUGGUGCCUGUUUAAGAGUAUUAGAAGGCCAUGAAGAACUGGUCCGAUGCAUCAGGUUCGACAACAAGAGGAUUGUUAGUGGAGCCUAUGAUGGCAAAAUUAAAGUUUGGGACUUGCAAGCUGCUCUUGACCCUCGUGCCCCAGCAAGUACAUUAUGCUUGCGUACGUUAGUGGAACAUUCAGGACGUGUCUUUAGGCUCCAGUUUGAUGAAUUUCAGAUCAUUAGUAGUUCCCAUGACGAUACAAUUCUGAUUUGGGAUUUCUUAAAUGUGCCACCCAGUGCCCCAAACGAGACCCGCUCUCCAUCUAGAACAUACACUUACAUCUCCAGAUAACAGUCUGCACUUUACUACCCUCAGAAGGGUUUCACAGUCUUGAACUACUGGAUUUUGGCUCCUACAUGCCUGAAGAUGUUGAUCGACAGCUAAAGUCAGAAUUGGUUCUAGAUGCUGUGUAGAUGCAAAGCAGCACAAUUCUAUAUCUAAAUUUCUUAAUCUUUCCUGCUCUCAGUGGUCGUCUUUGAAUUUACUACAAAUUCACUGACUUCGAGUAGAUGAAUUUCAGAAGCCUGCCCUCCCCUGCAGUGAGAAAUCCAAAGCUUCACAUGUAUAUUGUCCGUAGAACCUGAACUCAGAUGGCUUGUUUUUUCAGAAAUAAAUCAGACGUCAAGAAAGGACUUGGCCUAAUUUAUAUUGCUUUGCACUUUUGUCUGACUUCAAAGAAAAAACAUUCUCCAAUGAAAUUUGGGUGCCAAACACAUACCCAGAAUGUACAGAGCUUUGCUUUCCAAGUCAUCAUUGUCCUUUAGGCUUUGCUCUUACGACAGAUUCAGAGCCUGUUUUGUUUGAUAGGAGUGUACGUUGGACUCUUAGAAAUAUUUCUGAAUUGCUCAGUAAUAUUUUUGGAUUACAGUUUACUUGUUUCUGCACCAAUAAUUUCUUUUAAAUUAAAGAUUACCUGUAAUUCAGGCUAGGUUAUCUAAACUAGUUGUAUAGCACUGUCUUUUCCUUUUAACUGUGCUCUGUACGACAGCCGUCCUGCGCUUCCUAAUGUUUGGUAUAGUAAAACCUUUCCGUGUGUGCUUGCCUCAUUUCAGAUACUGUAUAAGCAUGUAGAUACGAUGUACAUAACAGUGUAACCUCCAGGUGCUAGGAGUCAGGAUUUCCUGACACUACACACUAACGCAAGCUGUGGUAGCACUUGGCAGCAGGAUGUUCUGACUACUGGCACUGUAGGGGAUAAUAUGAAUUAUCUAGAAAUUUUCUCUGCAAAAGGAGGUUUUCAGUAUUCAUUAGGAUUUUUUUAAUGGGAACUACAUAUUUUAAAAUGUAAUUUCUAAACUUUUUAAAAAUUAAAAAAAAAAAAAAAGGUUAAUUUAUGUUCUGUAUCUUAUAUUUUGUGCUGCAGUAUUGACAGUUGUCUUUCUUUUACCACCAGUAGGUUGUCACAGUCGCCUGCUGACGUCCUUUAGCAUUAGUUUGGCUGCUCAGUGGAGGAAGUGCCAUGGGCCGAAGUGAAAUUUAUUUAUGUUUGAUUUGUUACCCUUCCUCGUGGUGGAGUGGAGGUCCCUUCAGGUCAAUGCUCUGAUCGCCGUGCAGGUUUCCCUACCUGUAGCUCUCAGCUGUAACCAUAAUGCGGUGUCCUGGUCAUGGUUUCUCUUUGUUAGCAUGCUUUUAUUUGGAAUCUCAGUAGGGUUUUCUUUUGUGUUGUCAUGGUCUCCCCUCUAAUUUAUGUGGUCACAAACGCUACUGCAUUUCUCUUAUGUUGGAGUAAGCCGUGGACAGAUGCAAACGUGAAUAUCGUACCUUCGUCAGCCAUGUGUGACUGUGCCUGCUGGUGGCUUUUCUUCAGUGCUUCAGCCAGCGUGGAACGCGCCCGUUUUCCUGGGGAAGAUACGUGCUGGCACAGAGAUGGGUCACCACGGAUUGAGGCGUCGUUUGUGUCCCCUGGCAGCACUUUGUUGGAGCUUCGUGCCAUCAGGAAGGCAGAGGGCUGUCAGAUUGCUGAGGGGCUGAUCCCGAGUGCAGGGAGCGUCACUGUGUGUCAAACGAGUUCGGAGAAGGCGUGCGUCGAGACGUUGCCGAGGUGGCCCAGCAGUGCAUCCUAAGGUUUUCUCCUCCCCACACUGAGAGAGGUGUUGGGAUCAGUGCUCAACUCCCAUUCGCGUGUUACGGCAACGUCUUUACUUCAUCAAGGUGACCAAACGUGGUGAAGUACAGAAGAUGAACAACGUGCUCCUGGUUGUCCAUAAGAUCCCUGGUUGGGAGACGUGGCAGUACUGUGUGAAGGUACCUUACUUCCCCUUCUCAUCUAAUAGCUUUAACAUCAAAUGGUCUAAAAUCUGCUGCAGUGCUGAGAAAAAAACAGACAAACAAACACCAAACAUAAUUGUUUCUGAAGAAUGGAGUCCUUUUCUAAAUGCAUGUGUAAGAUUUAAAUUCCUGCUUUUUCCUGGGGAGAUGAUGGUAUUUGAACAUGCGGUCCGAACUUCUUUGUGCUUUGUGUAACAUAGCAGUGGACUUUUGUGAUUGGCACCCAAGGAACUCGACUCCUGGGAUUCAUGGUAGUGAUCCUGGCUGCACUCUGGACUUUGAUUUGCUAACAUAAUUGAGCAACUGUACAUUACUGCUAUAUUAAUGUUUCAAAGCACUGGGAUAGUCUAAUUCUAACUUGUAAUUAUGUUUGCCAAUUACCUGUUUGGAAAGUUGGUGUAUGAACAGCUUAUUGAAACUGUUAAAUUGUACAGAUAUCGUUCAUGAUCUAAAGCUUUGUACUGUGGAAUGUGCUUAAUAAAAAAAAAGUUUGAACUUAA